GCCUAAACGCUAACUAAGGCCACAAUGCAGAGUGACCCAGCUGGGAUUUUUUUGUCGGCAGUGACUGUGAAUGGGCAAGCCAUCAAAAUGGAAAUGAAACAAUGUCUGGUAAAUGAAAGAAAACGGGGGAGAGAGAGAGAGCUAGAGAAGGCUGCAGAUGAAAAAGUUUAAUAGAAACAAAAAUGCAGCACUCCCAGCAAACAUGAUGGCGGUUAUUAUGAGAAAAGAAAGAAAGAAGGAAAGCGAGAGCGGAGGAUACUCUCUCUCUCUUUCCCUCUGUGGUAGUAUAAGGAGACAUGGGGAAGAGAGAAAAGCAGACAAAAGAGAGAAUGAGGAAAAGGAAAAGGAGAACGGGGAUGAUGGGGCAAGGCAGCAAGAAGAGAGAGAGAGAAGGGGGAGCAAGAGAGUCUCCGUUGUGCCACGUGGCGAGGUAUGAGUGGUUGAUGCUUUGGGCUUCAACAACAUACAGCAACGCCAUCAACAUCAACAUCACCAACACACAGACUCUCUCUCUCUCCCCCUCUCUCUCUCCCCCCCUCUGCUGCCAUGUCAGAGCUUAAUCCCGUCCUACGACCCCGGCGAUUCCGUAUUUGUAUGCUUCUCUCCCUCAAAUAAAAAUCUCUCUCUCUCUCUCUCUCUCUCUCUCUAUUCGUUUGUCUUCUGUUCACUUUCUCUUUCUUCUUUCUCGUAUUUCUCAUCUGUCUCCGAGUAUCCAUACCCUAACCUAUUUCCUUCUCCUUCUCGCGCUGACUCUCAACCUGAGACUGUCUAUAUCGUUUUUUAAUCCAUUCAUUGAUUGGAACAUAACAUCUUGGUCUUGCAGCAGAAUGCUGUCCAGAAGCUUUGACCUUGCAACCAUAUAAGCAACUAAAAAUGUACUUCUGUAACAUUUGACCACCCAUGUACAAUCUGGGUUGAGAGAUGAAGGAAAACGGUUCAUCGAAUAGUAAAAUGAUCAACAGAAACUGGGUCUUGAAGCGCAAACGGAGAAAACUCCCUUGUGGUCCAGUUAUAUCCAAUGGUAAAGAAGUUAGUUCUGUGGCAUCAGAAACUCCAAAGAAUACUUCUUUGAUCAAACGCAGGCUGAAGAGUGAAACUAAAUCUGAGCGUUUUUCUUCCAAGAAGAAAGGGAAUGAUGGGCGUGUACCCCUUUCUCCUGAAUUGAAGCACUUGUAUUACUUUGAAUGCGUGAUCUGUGAUCUUGGCGGUAACUUGUUAUGUUGUGAUAGUUGUCCCCGGACCUAUCAUCUCCAGUGCCUUAAUCCUCCUCUCAAGCGCAUACCAAUGGGGAAGUGGCAAUGCCCUAGCUGCUGUCAGAAAGGUGAUCCGUUAAAACCAAUGAGCCAACUUGAUACCAUUUCAAAACGGGCAAGAACCAAGAUAGUCACUGGAAAAUCAAAAACUGGAAUUCAGUCAUCUGACAUGGACAAAGUAUCGCAGAUUUUUGGAAGCUCUAUUAUUGCAAAGAAAAGGUCCUCCAGCAAAGGAAAAUCUGUCAAAUUCCUUGAACAGAAACCCGUAUCUUCCCAAAUAGAUGUAUCAUGUAGCACCAAGCCUAGUCAUCAAUCCCUUGCACUGCUUGAAGAUAAUUCAUUCUGUGUGAGUGUUGAUGAUGAGAAGAAAUCUAAUAUAUCUCCCACAGAGUCUCCUGCAGACAGGAAAUCAAACUCUCCUGCUGAGGAAAUUUCAUCCCAUUCUGAAGUUAAAAAUUCAGAGACAGCUGAUGAAGCUCCUGAGGGGAAGCCUGCUUCACUUAGAAAGGAUGUAUCUACUGGGAAAACACUUGUUCUUGCAAUCAGUGCUACCACCAUGAAACAUAGAAAAAGGAAACAGAAAGUCAAUGAUGAUAACAGCCAAAAGAAGCAUAGGACCGAUGAAGGAAAGUUUAGAGUUAGUACUUCUAAGAAGCGUGGAUCCAAAGCAAAUAGUAAGUCGCAUAAGAAGCACAAGUCUAUUCACCGUGGGGUUUCCACAGCUUUGUCAAAGGAGGAUAUAGGAAUGACAAUUUUAGAUGUGCAGAGAAAAGAUGAGAAACUUCUGCAGGAAGCAACAAGCCUGUCACAUGAUGAGUUGAAUAAAGCAGAUAAUGGGGAUGAAGCAGUAAUCUGUGGAGAAGGCAUCCCUGUUGAACCUCUGCAAGUUGAUCGGGUUCUUGGGUGUAGGUAUCAAGGUGAUUGCAUGGGCUCUUCACGCCACUUACCUGUGUCUGUUACUGUUGACCUACGUUCUGAUGACUUACUAAUUCCAGAAAAUCAAAACAUACUAUCAGAAGAAAACUCAGCUUGUGAUACUGAUAUAGAUGUUGUGGCCGGUGAAAAUCUUAAUGAGGGUUGUCAGAAUAUUGUUAAGACUUGUGAUAGGGAAGAAAGCAUGGUGAAUGAAAUGAAAGUGGACAAAAUGCAUGUAUACAGAAGAUCUGCAUCCAGAGAAUGCAAAAGAGGAACCACCAUGGUUUGUUUACAUGAUGAAAUCAAGGAGUCAGAUUCUAGUACCGUAAAUGGCAAAGAUCAAGAUGAAUCUGCUACAAUUACAGAAGAUUUGGAAAAAACAAAUGAAAAGUUGGUUACAGAGAAGAAUUUUAAUGUUGGUUUGAGAGAUCAUGGUAACAAUGAAGUUCCAAAAAUAUGGGAAAAACACGUCUCUAAUGGAGCCAAAGAUGGCAAAGAAUCAGAUUUAGGAAUGGAAAUGAGAACCUCUGCAGAAAAGAAAAAUCACGAGGCUGCCCUGGCUGAAUCUGCUUGUGUUGACAGAGAGACAGUGUUGUAUGAGUUUUUAAUUAAGUGGGUAGGUAAGUCUCAUAUUCAUAAUAGCUGGAUUUCUGAAUCUCAGCUAAAAGUUCUGGCGAAGAGAAAGCUAGAAAAUUACAAGGCAAAAUAUGGGACAGCUGUAAUAAACAUCUGUGAGGAGCGGUGGAAGCAGCCCCAGCGGGUGAUUGCUCGCCGUAAUCUCAAAGAUAAGAGAGGUGAAGCUUUUGUAAAAUGGACAGGUCUCCCUUAUGACGAAUGCACUUGGGAAAGAUUAGAUGAAUCUGUUCUUCAAAAUUCUUUGCACCUGAUUGAUCUUUUUAAUCAAUUUGAACACCAAACAUUGGAGAAAGAUUUUUCCAAGGAUGCUCCAACAAGGGGGAAGGGUGACUGUCAGCAAAAUGAGAUAGUAACUCUCACAGAGCAACCUAAGGAACUAAAAGGAGGUUCAUUAUUUCCCCAUCAGCUUGAAGCUCUUAAUUGGUUGCGUAAAUGCUGGCAUAAAUCCAAGAAUGUGAUACUUGCUGAUGAAAUGGGUCUUGGAAAAACAGUCUCUGCAUGUGCUUUUAUCUCAUCUCUGUAUUUUGAGUUUAAAGCUACUCUGCCCUGUCUAGUGUUGGUUCCACUUUCCACAAUGCCUAACUGGCUGGCCGAGUUUUCAUUAUGGGCUCCGAACUUGAAUGUUGUGGAGUAUCAUGGUUGCGCAAAGGCAAGAGCCAUGAUUCGCCAAUAUGAGUGGCAUGCUAGUGAUCCAAGUGACUUGAAUAAGAAAACAGCUGCCUAUAAAUUUAAUGUUCUUUUAACUACAUAUGAAAUGGUACUUGCUGAUUCCUCUCAUUUGCGUGGAGUUCCUUGGGAAGUUCUUGUGGUUGAUGAAGGCCACCGCCUGAAAAAUUCUGGAAGUAAGCUUUUUAGCUUACUCAAUUCGUUCUCCUUUCAACAUCGUGUACUGUUGACCGGUACACCUCUUCAAAACAAUAUCGGUGAGAUGUAUAACUUGCUUAACUUCUUGCAGCCAGCUUCAUUUCCUUCACUCUCUUCAUUUGAAGAGAAGUUUAAUGAUCUUACAACUGCUGAAAAAGUGGAAGAAUUGAAGAAACUUGUUGCUCCACAUAUGCUUCGAAGGCUUAAAAAGGAUGCAAUGCAAAAUAUUCCCCCUAAGACUGAACGAAUGGUUCCGGUAGAGUUGUCAUCCAUCCAAGCAGAAUACUAUCGUGCGAUGCUGACAAAGAACUAUCAAAUAUUGCGGAAUAUUGGGAAGGGGGUUGUCCAGCAAUCAAUGCUAAAUAUUGUGAUGCAGUUAAGAAAAGUUUGCAAUCACCCAUAUCUCAUACCUGGUACUGAACCUGAUUCUGGAUCGGUAGAAUUCCUUCAUGAAAUGCGGAUAAAAGCCUCUGCCAAGUUGACUUUGUUGCAUUCUAUGCUUAAGAUUCUAUACAAGGAAGGUCAUAGAGUUCUUAUUUUCUCACAGAUGACCAAGCUUCUUGAUAUCCUUGAAGAUUAUAUGAAUAUAGAAUUUGGGGCUAAAACAUAUGAGAGAGUGGAUGGCUCUGUCUCAGUGGCUGAUCGACAAACAGCAAUUGCACGCUUUAACCAAGACAAAAGUCGCUUUGUCUUCUUGUUAUCAACACGGUCUUGUGGUCUUGGGAUCAAUUUGGCAACUGCUGACACUGUCAUUAUAUAUGAUUCUGAUUUCAAUCCGCAUGCUGAUAUCCAAGCUAUGAAUCGUGCACAUCGAAUUGGACAGUCAAAUAGACUUUUGGUAUAUCGACUUGUAGUUCGUGCUAGCGUUGAAGAGCGCAUCUUGCAGCUUGCAAAGAAGAAACUGAUGCUUGAUCAGCUUUUUGUGAAUAAGUCUGGAUCACAGCAAGAAGUGGAAGAUAUUUUGAAAUGGGGAACAGAAGAACUUUUUAAUGAUUCUCCUAGUACAAAUUUGAAAGAAACAGGUGAAUGUAGUAGUAACAAAGAUGAGGCAGUAGUGGAUACAGACAAUAAGCAUAGGAAGAGAGCUGGUAGUCUAGGGGAUGUGUACCAGGACAAAUGUACAGAUAGCAGCAGCAGGGUCAUGUGGGAUGAAAAUGCUAUUUUGAAACUGCUUGACCGUUCAAAUCUUCAGUCUGGAUCAAGUGAUAAUGCUGAAGGGGAUUUGGAGAGUGAUGUGCUUGGCUCAGUGAAGGCACUUGACUGGAAUGAUGAACCUACAGAAGAACAAGGGGGAGCUGAAUCUCCUCCCAUUCUUACUGAUGAUAUCUGUGUGCAAAAUCCUGAAAGGAAAGAGGAUAAUGCGGUGAUUGGUAUGGAAGAAAAUGAAUGGGAUAGACUUUUACGUGUGAGAUGGGAGAAGUAUCGAGUGGAGGAGGAAGCAGCUCUUGGUCGAGGGAAGCGCCUGCGGAAAGCUGUUUCUUAUAGGGAAGCAUAUGCUCCACACCCAAGCGGAACAAUGAGUGAGCAGAGUGGUGGUGAAGAGGAACGAGAGCCAGAACCAGAACCUGAGCGGGAAUAUACGCCAGCAGGACGUGCUCUAAAAGCAAAGUUGAUAUUUUCAAAAGGGAAUAAAAUCUCAAAUCAAUUUGAUAGGCAGAAGUGGAGAAUGGCAGGCGGGAAAGAAGCUUAUUCUUUUCUCAUUAUGAAAUUUGCUAAACUCCGUGCUAGACAAAAGGAACGGCUUGCUCAGAGGAAUGCAUUUCAGGAGUCUUGUCCUGGUGAGCGAAUGCCUGGACCUAAUUCGGUCCCUCAAUGUCCUUCCACAGAUCCCAAAGAAGGGGAGGUGACCAAAUUAUGUCAAACUAUCAGAGAGAAUAUUUCAGUAAUUGACUUAGAGGAUGACAAAUUAGUUCAUCCAGUAGAUAGUCCAAAGAAUAAGGCUGACUCGCCUUUAAGGCUGGGCAGAAUAUCAAAGUACAAAAUGAGUAGUCAUCUGGAUUUUCCUGUUAAUCCACUUGGUCACCCAUCUCCUGACAUUUUCCUUCCAAGUCACCAUUUUCAAAGCACGAACUACACAAGCUCAACCAGUAACUUGUUACCAGUUCUUGGACUUUGUGCUCCCAAUGCUAAUCAGGCAGAGUUGUCGUAUCAGAGCUUGUCAAGAUCAAAUGGCAGACAAAGUAAGCUGGGAACUGGACCAGAGUUUCCAUUCAGUCUAGCUCCUUGUUCCAGGACUUCAAUUGAGAUAGAUGUAAAAAAUCAGGACUCUACCUUGGACAAAGCAGAGAAACCAGAUGCAUCUGCAGAAGGCUCGCAACAGUGUUUUAAAACCAGCAUCCUGGAUAACUGUCCCUUAUAUUUUCCAUGUCCUCCACCUGUCCAAGGAAAAGCUUCUGAACGUUUAGAAACUUCUGGUCCUACUUUCUCUAAUUUUCAAGAAAAGAUGGCAUUGCCGAGCUUGCCAUUUAAUGAAAAAAUGCUGUCUAGAUUCCCACUUUCAGCAAAGACCAUGCCGAGUCCACAUCUUGACUACUUACCUAGCUUAUCAUUAGGUAACAGACCUGAAGCUGUUAAUGGCUUUAUGCAGGACCUCCCAGCAAUACCAUUGCUGCCCAACUUAAAAUUCCCAGCACAGGAUGCAGUGAGAUAUAAUCAGCAGGAGGAGGCACCGCCCAAAUUGGAUCUGGGAAAGAGGCCAACCACAUUUUCCUCAUUUCCUGAAAACCAUAGGAAGGUGCUUGAAAGCAUAAUGAUGAGGACAGGGUCUGGAUCAAGCAACAUGUUUGGAAAGAAAUCAAAAAUAGAAAGCUGGUCUGAAGAUGAACUCGAUUUUUUGUGGAUCGGUGUUCGUAGACAUGGAAGGGGAAAUUGGGAGUCGGUGCUUAGAGACCCCAGGUUAAAAUUUUCCAGGUAUAAAACGUCAGAAGAUUUGUCAGCAAGGUGGGAGGAGGAACAACUCAAGCUCUUCGAUGGAUCAACUUUUUCAGUGCCAAAAUCAACCAAACCAACAAAGUCUACCAAAUCUUCAAUGUUUCCUGGCAUCUCUGAUGGAAUGAUGGCCCGGGCCUUGCAAGGUAGUAGACUUGCUACACCCCCCAAGUUUCAGACCCAUCUGACAGACAUGAAAUUGGGUUUUGGUGAUGUUGCAUCCAGUGUGCCACAUCUUGAAACAUCUGAUCGACUUGGUUUGCAAAAUGACCAAUUUGUACCUAUACCAACUUGGAAUCUUGACAAGCAUUGGGUAAACCUUCCUGGGGAGUCUUCUUCUGGACCUUUUGAACGGUCAGGAACUUCUUUAAAUGUACCCAUUGACAAGCCGUUUCUGCUCAAUUCAUAUGGAGCCAGUUGUCUGGGUUCUUUAGGUUUGAAUUCCUCGAGCAGCCUUGAUGUUCAGAGAAAAGAUGAAGAACAGUGUCCCGACAAGUAUGGGAAGUUGCCCAGUCUCUUAGAUAAAUUGCCAAAUGUUUUGCAUGAUUCCAAUCACAAUUUAGGAGGUGGCGAAUCCAUUGAUACAGGAUUGCUGGCUGAUCCCAGUAAAAGGCUGAAUGUUACACAUUUGAAGGGCGAAGAAGCAGCCGGAAGUAGUUCUUCAAAGGACAAGCUACCCCAUUGGCUGCGAGAAGCUGUUUGUGUACCUGCAAAACCUCCAGAUCCCAACCUGCCCCCCACUGUAUCAGCAAUUGCACAUUCCGUUCGAUUGCUAUAUGGAGAAGAGAAGCCAGCCAUCCCCCCAUUUGUGAUUCCGGGUCCACCUCCUUCCAUGCCAAAGGAUCCAAGGUGGAGUCUAAAGAAGAAAAGGAAACGGAGGUCACAUUUGUUUAGGCAGGUCCCACCAGACAUUGCUGGAAGGAGUCAGAAUUUCCAAAGAAACCUUCAUGAUGAAAAUGCUGCUUCAAGCUUAAUUCAAUUGGCUCCACCGUUUUCACUACGUCCACAAUCUAGCAUGGGAACUGCAGGGUUUCCACAGAUCGAAUCAGAUCUGAACUUACCUGCUCUCAAUUUAAACAUGGUGAACCCAUCAUCCUCUUUCACACAUUUACACCAGCAGAAGAGAAAAGGCAUGGGAUUGUCCCCGUCUCCUGAAGUGCUUCAGCUGGUAGCAUCAUGUGUUGCUCCAGGCCCACAUUCGUCAUCUGCUUCUGGCAUGACAAGCUCAAGCUUCGUUGAAAGCAAGCUUGAAGUGUCAAAUUCUGUUGACCUAGUUGGAUUCCCGGACCCAAAACAUGCAUUUUCAAAAAAGAAGGCUGAGCAGAGCUUACCUUUUAACGUAUGGGGCUCAACUCCAGGGGAUAAAGUAGACCAUACCGAAAGUGGAGAUUCUAGCAAAACUCAGUCAGACCCCCCUCGGACGGAACAGCCUGAUGUUGAGGAUGUAUCAUCCGAGGGCACUGUCUCAGAUCAUCCUGUCAGUGACCACAAAUCAUAGAGCUAUAAUAUGAGACUGAAAAACUGAACAUAGCCGUUCUUUCAUGCUGCCGAAGUUUCAGGCUCUUUACCGAUGUGCUCAAAUUUUUGUAGGCAUGAUGAAAUGAGUGAACUAUCAAAUAUAGGUUCAUUAGGAAUUCUCAUGUAAAUUUUUAUGUAAGAAGAAAAUGAAAUAUAGUGCUGCUUGAUUGGUAUUGCUUUA